AUUUUUUCGUGGUACCACUGUACAUUCUUAGCUGUGUUUAAAUGACCGUCAAAUAUUUCGUAUGUAAAUUUUCAUAUGUUUUUUAUUUACAUACAAUUAAAAAAACGCGCAAAUUCAAAUCUAGAAUUAACAAUAUUUAAUUUACACUGUUGACAUUAAUGUCGAAAAACACACGGAAAGUUAAAUGGGGCUCUCCUGAAAUAACUACUAAACGAAAAUGUCUGAAUACAAAUUUUAAGAACAAUGUACAUCAAACCGAAAAUCUUUUUGUGUCAGAUGAGGAGGAGGACAGCUUCUUCACAGUUUCGAAACUAAAUUCUGCGAAUAAUUAUAAAGACGUUUCUAAUGUACUUGAAAAUGAGAGCAAUUCGGUUUUACAGACCCUGGAAAAUGAUACUAGCUUGUUUUGCGCGGAGCUGACAAUGGACAUAAAUCGGGAAUCAACAUUACUUGCAGUACAGACGAAUAGUAGUUUCCAAAUCAAUGACUUCAAAGAAGACACAUUUUUGUCAAAGUCUGUAUUGGAUAAUGUCAUGUCCAAUUGUAAAGAAAGUAUACAGCCUGAAAAUGGAACAAAUCGCAUAUUUUCCAAUACAACCACCGAUAACUUAACUGUUUCCGCGGUGGAAAAUUUGCUUAAUGAAACUCCACUUGAGCUUUUCGGUAGCCCUAACGAGCAUUCAGGCACAAAUGAACCACCGUGGAGAAAUGCUACCAUUAUAAACACAGAUAGUAACAACUUUCAUGUAGAUGAUAGCAUAUUUAAUACGAUUAAUUUGCAUAGCGAACAAAUUGAUGAAAGUCAAAAGCAGUUAAAGAUAGAUGAUACAUUUUUUGCAAAUAUUAAAAUUGAAGAUUUGACGAAAGAUGGAGAAAAUGACGUCUUCACUGAUUUGAUGGUUGACACUGAAAGUGUACAAAAUUCCCAGAGAUUUUUAAAUGACGUUGCAAUAUUUAAGGUGCCACAUGCACCCCCGCCAAUUAAACGCAAAGUAAAUAAUGAAGAAACCACAAAUACUAUUAUUCCUGCAAGCCAAUACAUGGUAAACAAUGAUUUCGCAAAUGCGACUGUUCUGACGAAUCUUUCACGACUGGACUGGGACUCUCAAGUAUUCUCUGAUAAACUUGAAAAUAAUUUUCCUAGUAAAGGAGAUUUUUUUGGCUUACCGGACAGAGUGAAAAAAAUGAUAUUCGCGCAUAAGGGUAUACAAAACUUAUAUGAAUGGCAAGAAGAAUGCUUAAAUUUACCAGCCAUUCAUAUGCGCAAAAACUUAAUAUACGCUUUGCCAACAAGUGGUGGUAAGACACUAGUUGCUGAAAUAUUAAUGCUACGAGAGGUCUUAUGCCGCGAAAAGGAUGUGCUAUUCAUAUUACCCUACGUAUCCAUAGUACAAGAAAAGGUCAGUGCAAUGUCCCCAUUCGCUAUAGCCAUGAACUUUAUUGUGGAUGAGUAUACCGCCGGCAAGGGAAAAUGUCCACCAAUGAAACGGAAGAAACGUAAAUGUAUAUUUAUAGCGUCUAUUGAAAAGGGUGCCGUUUUGAUGGACAGUUUAAUCGAGGCACAGCGCGCUGAUGAAAUAGGUUUGGUGGUGGUCGACGAAUUGCAUCUGAUAGGUGAAAAAGGACGAGGAGCCACAUUAGAGGCUCUGCUUACCAAAAUUAUGUUUAUAGAUGUUAAUAUACAAAUUGUUGGAAUGAGUGCAACAAUUGGAAAUUUAACCGAGGUUUCCACCUUCUUAAAAGCAGAUGUAUAUACACGAAGUUUCCGGCCAGUGGAAUUAAGAGAAUAUAUAAAAUGUGGCAAUGAUAUAUUGGCGAUAAACUCGGCAGGCAAAACGUUGGAAGAAGUAUUUGUUUACAACCGAAGCGUUGAUUAUAAAUAUAGUGAAUCUAUGGCACGUUGUGAUCCAGACCAUUUGGCUGGAUUGGUGGCAGAAUGUGCACCCGAACACUGCGUGCUUAUAUUCUGUCCGUCGCGUAAAAACUGUGAAAAUGUUGCUUUGCUGUUGAGCCGUAUUUUACCGAAAAAGUUUUUGCAACACCGCAAACGUGAAAAGCAGGAUCUUAUGGAUGCACUGGAUAAGGUGUGUGGCGUGCUUGGUGAUGUUUUAGCUAAGACUAUACCUUAUGGCAUAGCCUAUCAUCAUUCCGGUCUGAUAAUGGAUGAAAGGAAAUUCAUAGAGACUGCCUAUCGCUUUGGCGUCUUAAGUGUCAUUUGUUGCACCUCGACUUUGGCGGCUGGUGUUAAUCUGCCCGCAAAACGUGUUAUAAUACGUGCACCUUAUGUGGGAGCAGAAUUUAUGACACUCUGUCGCUAUAAACAAAUGGUCGGACGCGCUGGACGUGCCGGCAUGGGUGAAGCUGGUGAAAGUUUUCUAAUUGCAACUAGCCGUGACAAUGUACGUGUUGGCGAAAUGUUAUUCUCACCAAUGGAUAAGGCCAUCACUUCUUUGGAUUAUGAAAACUGUAUUGGAUUGCAAAGCUUGGUGUUAAGUGCGAUAGGAUUGGAAAUUGCCGGCUGUCGUUCGGAUUUGUAUCGUCUAGUAGGCAGCACUUUGCUAGCUGUACAAGCAUCUCAACUACAACUUUCCACCGAACAAAUGGUGCUCCAACUAAUACGUGAAAUGUUCAAGCAUAAAGUAUUGGAAUUAUGCUCACCGGCGGCAGCCUUGCAACGUAAUACAUCGAACAUACUUACCACACAAGAUGUCAAAGAUCCAGCCCAUCGCACAUCACAAGAGCAUCGUCGGCUUUUCAUUAGUAAAUCUACACGCUUCCAGCUGACAAAUAUUGGUCGUGCGGCUUUUAAAGCCGGCAUUGACUAUCAACGGACCUAUGCCAUACAUGCCGAGUUGAAAUUGGCACAAAAACAAUUAAUACUAACUAACUAUGCACAUUUGUUGUAUCUCGUUGUGAGUUUUAAUUCAAAUACAAAAGGUGAUGAAUUAUUCCAAACCGACACUAACAUCCUUUAUCGCGCAUAUAUGUUGUUGGAUGAAACUACACAAUCACUCUGCCAUCUACUCGGUUUCACCGAAGCGAUUGCUGUUAAAAUGGCAAAAACAUUAUCGGUUCAAGGCCCGUUAGAAGUGAAAUUAAAUCGCCUUUAUAAGGUGUUGAUUUUGGUGGAUAUUUUAAAUCUUACACCUAUACAUGUAGUAGCAUCCCGUUAUAACGUGGAACGUGGCAUGUUGCAAACGCUAAUCAAUCAGUCAGCCGCUGGCGCCAGUGCAAUAGUGCGUUUAUGUGAACAAUUGGAUGACUUUUGGUGUUAUAAAGCACUUUUCGAACGUGUCCUCGUAAAAUUAGAUCGUUGUGGCACAAUGGAGCUGGAACCGUUGCUUGAUUUGCCAGCCGUUAAAAUAAAUCGUGCGAAACAACUUUAUAAUGCGGGUUUUAAGACCGUCGAAGAUAUAGCCAAAUGCAAACCAAUUGACUUAGUAAGAUCAGUAGAGCAUAUGCCAAUGAAAAUUGCGAAAGAAAUUAUCUCCGCAGCUAAGAUUAUAUUAAUGAAAAAAUUGGACUAUCUGGAGGAGGAAGCUGAAGCCUUGAAAGUCUGUCUACAAUAGCCUACCAUUCUAACACUAAAU